AAAAACCUUAGGUGUCCGGCACUAGGCGAACUCCCCCUAAAUCACGUGUCGGGCGAAAUUGAACCUACAUCAAUAAACAACGAUAAUAAUGAUGCGUUUAAUGCGCCGAACGAAGUUGAGACUACUACAAUAAACAACGAAAAAAAUAACGGAUUUUCAUUGGUAAAUAAUGUAUCGGACGAGAUUGAACCAUCAGCAAUAAAUAACGAUAAUGAUUAUGACGAUAUAUUAACAAUACAAAUAGGAUGUGGCCGUGCGACAUGUGAUACGGCUGCAGAAGAAGAGAAAAAAGAGGAGGAGGGAGAGGUGGAGAUAAAACAGCUUGGAGAAAGAAAGAAUAUGCAACACGUUCAAGAUUCUGAUGAAGCGAGUGAAUCGACAUCAUUUAAUAUUUUACGAGAAAAUCGACACUAUUUUCAACGAUUUGACACUCAUGGACAUGAGAUAACAUUCGUUGUACGACAACCGCCAGAAGGUUUCAAUCCUUUAAGAUGGUUAGAUAAAGUAUUUGCAGAAGUACAUGCAUAUCUUACAAAUUCGAGCAAUCCUGACGAUUAUAUAGGCGUGACAUUUACUGCUGAUACUCUUGCCCAUGGGCCUGUGUGGCUGUCUUUUACCAUUAUGUACGAGAUUUUAGAAAUAUAGAUUUGUGGGAAUUAGUGAGUCGAGUCGCUUAAAGUGUCUCAGAUUUUCAUAUUAAUGAUAGCUGCACACUAACAACUUGUAUAAUACGUCGCGUAAACGGUGGUUCACGCAGAAAACUAACCCUGGAUAAUGUGGCGAAACGAUCAAUAUUAUCAAUAACAAAUUCCGACAAUCUUUGCUUACCACGGUCGUUAGUAGCAGCACGAGCGUACAUGAAAUUCGUUCGGGCGAAUUACACAAACAUUGGAUGUCUAUACGUUUAUCUCGCGGCAGAUUACAAAAAGAGAAGGCUCUCGAACUUGUAAGAAAUGCAAAAGUAAAUAUACCUGAUAAUGGAUGUACAAUAGCAGAAUUAGAACAAUUUCAAAAAUAUUUAGCGGAAUUUGGCGUCGCUAUCGUCUUAUGUGAAGUUGAAACACUAGGUUACGGCGGAGAAACUUUAUAUGACGGUACGAGAUAUGUAAUGAAUUUAUUUAAUAGUAUCACACACACUUUAUGAUUUUUAUAUUAUCGUAGAAUACACCAUUUUGAACCUAUUUUAAACUUACGGGCUGCCGUAGGUAGUCGCGGUUUUUGUAUAGCUUAUAAUGUAGCGUAUACUAGAAUAAGUGAUCAUAAAUGUUUACAAAAAUGCAAUCGCUGUAUGGGGCAACCACCGUGCAUAACGGCUGUUAGCCCUCAUAUUAAAUGUAAUUCUUGUAAAAGAUCUUUUUACAAUAAUAAUUGUUUUCAACGGUAUUUAAAACCCAUAACGUUAGACAAUAAAAAAAGAAAAGAUAAAAAA